UAGGGAAAGGUUCAACCAUGAGGCUUUGUGCUGUUCUGUUCUAUGGUCUUUCGGAAGGGACGCUUCUUCUAACUGUUAUGGGUUUUCUAACGGUCCAACAAACGAGGCUAAAGUUCCGAUUCUUUCACGAAGUGGCUGUUAAUUCCCACAACUUAACCGUGGAUCCGGUAUCGGUUUCCCAGUUGGCGGAGGCAAAGAAUAGGAUGAUUGCGUUGGAGAAAAGUGCCUCUAAGAUGACCGAAGAUCAAGUUCAGAACCAUCUUUUGGAGAUUUGCGACUCUAUCAAAAGAGAUCCCUGUAAGAUCUGGCAGCCAGACGUUUGUCCGUCGUGGCGACCAGGUUGUUACGGCCGGCCACGGCAAGACACGUGUCCACCUUGGAUCUCCUCGUGCCUGAUUCCUACUCCGCCAGUGCAGUGCUGGCUCCAUCCUGGCGAGUAUUGUCCUCAGCCCCUGGGGGCCUAUUGCCGUUUAGGUGGUUGGUGUAAACCUGGUGAAAAAUGCCCCGGGGUAUUGACAACUCCAACUACAACUAUACCAACAACAACUACAACUACAAAAACAAAAACUACUCCAACUACAACAACAACUACUACUCCAACUACAACAACAACUACUCCAACACCAACUACAACAAAAACAUUGCCUUCAGAGUUUACUACUUCAGAACCAGGCGAAUGUGGAAGGCCUGGAGGUCCAGGUGGUCCCAAUGGUCCAGGUGGCCCGAAUGGCCCUGGAGGCCCUAUGGGACCAGGAGGUCCUGGAGGUCCCGGGGGUCCUAUGGGACCAGGAGGACCUGGUGGACCGGGAGGACCUAAUGGACCGGGAGGACCAGGAAUGCCUUGGGGUCCUGGAGGACCGGGGGGACCUGGUGGCCCAAACGGGCCUGGAGGACCGGGCGGACCCGGAGGACCUGGCGGCCCAGGAGGCCCCGGAGGACCUUGUGGACCGGGAUGUGAGAAGGCAAAAAAGAAACCUAAGCUCAAAUGUUGUCCGCCGGGUCAUAAAAAAAAGGAAAUCACCAUAUAGAGAUACAUCCGAAUACCCCUCACUUACCAAUUGGUCCGCCUGGACUUAAUCAUCGAACUAAGUUGACGGGAGGUCCUACUCAACACGAGGAAUCCUUAACUACUAAGCAAAUACUUCCCUGCAAGCCUUUUCUAUCGCGGAAGACACUUCUGAGUGACUUCUGGAAGAUAAAACUAUCUUCCGCGACUAUCGCUUUCGGAUCGCGGAAGUGACGUCCGUCGGGAAGAACUGUGACACUUCUGCGUCACCCCCCAGAAGAGACUUCCGCGAAACUUCCAGAAGUGACUUCUGCGUCACCCCCCAGAAGAGACUUCUGCGACA